AUGGAAUUGAAUAUCCCAUUAGAUGGCAGUAUUCCUAGCGCUAAUAGUGAAGCCAUCAAAACUUCCCAUUCGUUACGAAAAUUCAUAAUAUUUGAUGAAAAUUUAAAGGUAGUGCUACGCUUGCGAAAGAAAGCAAAUGUUGACCUUUCAAACAUAGUCAUCGAUUCAUUAACUGUUAAGAUUAAUGGUACGCGGGUAUGGCAUUCUAUUGGAGAUGAAGUUUUUGAUUUGAUCUUACCUGAAUCAACAGAUGAUGAACUAAUAUGGGAAAUGAAAUCAAAUAUCUCAACGGAUCAUAUGUUUAGAUCCAGUGUUGUUAUGAAUAAUGGAUCUAGUAAUAAUAUCAUCGUUGUUGUAAAGUACAGUUAUAAACAAGCUGCUUACUCAGAAAACAAUAUAAGUCAGGAAAAAAAUAUAGCGACAGAGAAUGAGGAGGAGCUUGAGAAUGGAAUCCUGGAAAGUUUCGAGCCAACUUAUUCUUGGCACCAGUCAAAGAAAUCAAAUAUGAAAAACAUUCAAGAAGAACCUGCUAAGGGUACCGAGAAGUUAGCAAUAACUGGAGGAGGUAAAGGCCUAGUCACUAGGAAUGAAGUAGUUCAAUUACAAUAUCCAAUUUUCUCGCUAUUAAAUAUGAGAUUAAGAAAUGCCUCAAUUAAAUCACAAAGCUCAAUUCUUUCGUCGUUAGAUUUCCAAACUUCAAACAUGUCAAUGCAAUUGGCUGAUAUAUAUUUUAAAAACCAAUCUGAAUUUGAAUUAUUUUUCAAAGACGUUAUAUUUGAACUGAUAGACCAGAAUGGACAAAUAAAAUUAGAUCAUAUAUCUAAUUUUGAAAUCCCAUUUAAGGCCACCUUAUAUGACAGUUUUAGUAUCUGUUACAAAUUACCUUUGAUACCGAGAUCGCCUAGUAGCAACAACACAACGCUGCCUAACAUUAAUGGUUCUUCGACAUCCGGGUUCUUCUCAUCGUCAGCAUCAUCAAUGUUACUUCCGUCAACACAUCGAGUAAGGGUUACUCUAAUAUAUGAAUUAAAUUUACCUCACGAAAGAACGAAAAUCCCAAUCAUGACAAAAUGGGAAACGGAUGUAACGUUAAAAAAGCAGCCCACAGUACCAAACAAUUCCAUGUUAACCAAUACUCAAAAAAGAUUCUAUGGUGUAGCAACAUCAUCAUCGAGAUUUAGUAUCCAAUCUACAACUUCAUUAGUCAAUAAUAAGGUAAAUAACGUAAAAUUUAAAUUCAUUAAUAAUAAUUUGAAGGUGUUAAAAGGAGAAAAAUUCACCUUACGACUACAAAUUAUUAACUCGUCAUCAACAGCUUUAAACCUUGUUGUAUAUUAUAACAAUACAGUAUCAAACAAUCCCUCGACUAUGACUACGACGAGCGCUGGUAACAUGAAAGGCACGAACAAUUUUGAGAGAUUCCCCACUCCAGGAAUAAAAUUAUCUUUAGAGAAACAAAUUGAGAUGAGAAGGUUAAACACGCAGUCAUCACAAGGAAUAAUAUUACUUUCAAAUGAUUACAAUAUUCCAGUCAUUGGGCCUCAAGAAUCCUAUUUUGUGGAUUUAAGGUUAAUUGGAAUCAUGUCCGGGUAUUAUUCGAAUCUAUCUGGUUUAAAAAUAUUAGAUUUAAACUCUAAUGAAGUGAUAGAAGUAGGAAUGGGAGCUAGCGUAUUGGUGCAAUGA